AUGUUAUACCUAGUCGGUUUGGGUUUGGGUAAUGUUGAUGACAUAACGAUGAAAGGAAUGGCUGCUAUACAGAAAUGUUCUCGUGUGUAUUUGGAAAGUUAUACAAGUAUUAUGUCGUUCGGCUUGGAUAAAAAGAAAUUGGAGGAAUUCUUCGACAAAGAAAUCGAGGAGGCUGAUCGUGCAUUGAUUGAACUUGAUUACAAUAUUAUAUUAGAUGAAGCAUUCGAUUCGGAUAUAUGUCUGUUAGUAGUUGGCGAUCCUCUUGGUGCUACAACACAUACGGGUUUAGUUUUAGCUGGUCGAAAAGCAGGUGUUAAUGUAGAAAUUGUACACAACGCUUCUAUCAUCAAUGCUGUCGGAUGUUGCGGUCUUCAGUUGUACAGAUUUGGUGAGAUCAUUUCCAUUGUUUUUUGGGAAGAAGAUUGGCGUCCGGAUUCUUACUACUUCAAAAUUGCAGAAAACAGAAAACGAGGACUACAUACAUUGUGCUUAUUGGAUAUCAGAACAAAGGAGCAAACGACAGAAGAUAUGAUGAGAGGUCGGAAGGAAUUUCUUCCUCCAAAGUAUAUGACUUGUUCCGAAGCAGCAAAGCAACUAUUGGAAAUUGUAGAUCGGAUAACAAAAAAGAACAUGAAACCCGCAUACACACCAAGCACAGAAUGUGUGGCCUUAGCGAGAAUAGGAUGGGAUAACCAAAAGAUUAUUUUCUGCUCUUUGGAGGCUUUGUGCGAUGUGGAAAUGGGGCCACCUUUACAUUCGUUGAUAAUUCCCGGUGAAUUGCAUCCCAUGGAAAUGGAGUUUUUGAAAACUUUUCCCACAUCAUAA